UUGAAAGAUUUCAAAAAUAAAGUAUUAACAGAAGAAGAUAUUGAUGAAUUAUAUAAAUUAUAUAAUCCUGAGCCGCAAAAGCCAAAGGAACAAAAGCCAAAGAAGAAAAAGCCGAAAACAACACCAAAAGAGAAAGUAGCAAAUGUUCAACAGCUAAAGGUGCAAAACGCCCAGGUCCUUCAGACCAUAAAUGAUGCACAAGCUUUAAUUUAUGAUUCAUUAGUUAAACCAUAUUCAGCCCGACUUUUAAAUGAAGAUCAACUUUUGGAAUUCAUCCUUCAACAUAAACUCGAAGCGGGAAAGUAUAUCAAACCUUUAUAUACAGCAUAUUUAAAACAAAUGAAUAGAAUACAUCCAGAAUUAAUGAAGGGAGGAAUGAAAUCCAAAACUUCAUCAUCCAAAAUCAAAGCAGAUAAAAUUAAACCACUUACAACACCAAAACCUCCAACGGUAGUACCUCCUCCUUCAGUUAAUCCUUCAUCAUUCACUUUAUUAUAUCCAUUUCAAACAUUAAAGAAGCAAAAAGAUUUUAAAAAGGAUUUCAAGAUAUUAAAUAAACCAACUGACCCAAAAAUUCAACCGUUAAAGGAAAAAUUUAGUCGCCCUUCAUUUGCACCAUAUCCAUAUUCAUACGAAAUCGAUCAUUUAGAAUAUUCAAAAGGAAACGUUACUUAUUUAUUUGCCAUUAACAUUAACACUAGAUAUUUAUAUUGCAUUCCGGUGAAAGGGAAAACAGAACAGGAAACAAGAAGAGCUAUCAAUACUUACUAG